AUGGGUAAGGGGGCAAUUAAUGUGAUAGUCUUACCUGAUUGUGACCAUAAUAGCACCCUACCCGUUGAGUCCAGGGCUCUGCUAGGGUGCAGGGAGACCACAAUGAGUUAUGGCUUCCCAGCCUCACAAGAGACACAAGUGUAUGCUACUGCCCAAAUUGUUGCAAAGAUACCUGUGAGCGUGAGCCAGACAGUCUCAUAUGGACCUUGGGGUGGUAAUGGUGGAGUGCAAUUUGAUGAUGGACGCUACACAGGUGUGCGCGAGAUUCACUUGGCGCGCACUGGUGGUCUUGUUUCCAUUAAAGUUUGUUAUGAUCUCAAUGGCCAAGCUAUAUGGGGAAACAAGAAUGGUAGAAAUGGAGGAUUAACAGUGGAAAAGAUAAGAUUCGAAUACCCGCAUGAGGUCUUGACUCACAUAAGCGGAUACUAUCGUUCAGUAAUCUUGAGAGGACCUACUAUUAUCAAAUCCAUAACAUUUCACACUAACAAGAAAAAGUAUGGACCUUUUGGAGAUGAACAGGGGAUCCCAUUUUCCUUUGCCUCAAAAGAUGGGAUUAUUGUAGGAUUCCAUGGGAGAAAAGGAUGGUUUGUGGACAGUAUUGGAGUCCAUGUCUUGGAAGGAAAACUAUCACAACCUCGUCCUCUUUCUGAGGUUGUUUCUGGGCCAGUGCAAGGACCAGGUCCAUGUGGACAAGGAGAUCUCACGGUUGGAAUAGUGAAAAAACCUGCUCCAUAUGGACCAGUGGGUCUCCGAGCAGGAAUGGUGAAAGAACCAGCUCCAUGUGGACUAGGGCCAUGGGGUGGGGAUGGUGGUCAGCCAUUUGAUGACAAGGUGUUCACUGGGAUCAAGAAGAUUUUCCUUACCAAGGGUGAAGCCAUUUAUUCUAUUCAGAUGGAGUAUGAUUGCAAUGGCCAAUCCAUUUGGUCAGUUAAACAUGGAUGUGGCAAUGAGGGCACCCCUCAUCUGAUCCAAUUUGAGUGCCCGCAUGAAUUCCUUACUUGCAUAAGUGGCUAUUACGGCUCUGUUGCUGGAGAUGAAUGUAGAAAAGUGAUCAAGUCUCUCACGUUCUAUACAAAUAGGAGGAGGUAUGGACCAUAUGGGGAGGAGAGUGGCACAUAUUUCACUUUCACAAAGGAUGAAGGAAAGAUAAUCGGGUUCCAUGGAAGAGCUUCCUCUUUCCUAUAUGCUAUUGGAGUCCAUAUACAACCCUCGUUGAGUGAUCGAGUCUGCAGGGAACCCAAAGGGUGCCCACCACAGUACCAGUUCAAUUUUUACCAGUAAUGUGUGUGUAUGGAGUAUGCACUAGAAGCCAAGUGAUUGGUCCAAAAUAAAAUUCUAAGAGUGUUAAAAUGAAAAAGACUU